AUGAGCUUCGAUUCCUUGCCAUCAAAAAAUGAUAAGGAGUUGUUUAAACAUAUUUCUUGUUUUUUUGUUGGAAUAGAAAGAGAUUUUACUGAAACAAUAUUAGAGGCAUGUGAUAUAAACACAAGAUCUGGGAUCACAAAUCUCAUUGACAGAUGCCUUCUUAGUAUAGGAUGGAAUAAUGAAUUGAAGAUGCAUCAGUUGGUUCAAGAGAUGGGAAGAUUUGAAGUACGUCAAGAAUCACCUGACAAGCCAUGGAAGCGAAGUCGAAUAUGGUCUCAUAAGGAGUCAUUCAGAGUGUUGAAACAAAAAAAGGGUAAGGGAAAUCUUUUAGGCCUUACCUUUGACAUGCGGAUGCUUGAGAAGGAGAAGUUGUGUGCAUCAUUUGAGUUGAAAACAGAUGCAUUCAACAACAUGGAUAUGUUAAGGAUACUACAACUCAAUUAUGUGCAUAUGAAUGGGUCUUAUGAGAAUUUUCCAAUAGAAAUAAGAUGGAUGUGUAUGCAUGGUCUUGGUGAAUUUGACCAACUUCCAACACUUGAGAGGUUAAUAGUUAGAAAUUGCAUUGAUUUGGUUGAGAAUAGUGAUAUGGAUAUGUUGAAGAAUGUUAAAACAAUGUUGCUUGAUGGUUGUAGUCUUGGUGAAUCUCGAAUCCAGAAUAGGGAUACGGAUUCACUGGAAUUGUGCAUGGUUAACAACAUUGAUAUAAAUACAAGAACCACUUCCUCUUCCUUUGUGGGUGCUAUACCAAGUGAUAUGGAGUAG